AUGAAAGUGCAGAGCUCGUUAAUGGGAGUUGGCGGUUGGUACGAAUGCUUGGCGGCCGGUUGGCUUGCGGACAUGAGGAGUAAGCAGGUCCCAACGUCUACCACCUCGGCCAGGCGGCUUGCGGCCUUAAUCCGUCCGCUGGCGGGCGGAGGGUCAGAAGGCAAGCCGUCUGAAGAAGAGGAAGAGCGAGGUGGCUCGCCCCUAGGCCCCGGUGGCCCCUUCUCGUGCAGCCAGUGCCGCGGAGCCUACCCGACGCGCGAGCAACUCGAACGCCAUGAGACCCUGCACGCGCCCAACACACAGGUGGAUACAAUCAAAUAUUCAUGCAAGAUCUGCCACAAAAGCUUCGCGAACGUGUACAGACUACAGCGGCACAUGAUCAGUCACGACGAAAGCGCACUGCUACGCAAGUUCAAAUGCAACGAUUGUGACAAAGCAUUCAAAUUUAAGCACCAUCUCAAAGAACACUUACGAAUACACAGUGGAGAGAAACCAUUCGAAUGUGCAAACUGCGGCAAGAAGUUUUCUCACUCUGGUUCCUACUCCAGCCACAUGACGUCUAAGAAGUGUCUCGUCAUGAAUCUCAAAAUGGGACGAAUCAAACCCAAUAACCCGGCUUUAAACCCAGAAAGAAGUCCAUCACGCAAAAGGACUAAUGCUAUGGUUGCCUCACAGUUAAAUAAUAAUAUGUCUCCAAAUGGAAAUUCCUUUCUUCCAAUGCCUGCAGCCUUCUUUGCUUCCAUGUCCUCUCAAGACAAUAAUUUUCAUCGCCCUCCAUUGGGGCAGCCAGGUAUUCCAUUCUAUUUGCCUCCUGGCAUACCCAUGAGUCCAGCUGGUGGUAUAGCUCCUUAUAGCUUACCAGCAUCCCUCAGCCAAAUCUUUGAGCAGCUUGCUUCAUCGCAAUAUCAAACAAGAAAGUUGGAGAAUCCUUUAAGCCCCAAACCAACAAGCCCGCCUACAGCAGACCCAGAAGAUCUGAUCGAAGAAAUAACUGAAGACGACGAUAAACGAUCAGAAGGAAGCGCUGAACUAGUGAUGGACAUUGAAGAUGAGGAAGCUGUAUCAAUAAAAAAGGAACAAGAGGAACGAAAUACCGAUGUAAGAUCCCCAUCGCGCAACUUUGAUGCCGUCCCUUUAAAUAAUAACGCUGACAAUUCAGGUUUUAAUUCAAUACUAGAAUCUGUAAGCGCUUCCGUUACAAAACAUUUCUUUAGAGCAAACAUGGAAAAGCUGUCUCCUAUUUCGGGCAACGUUUGUCCCAGUAUAGAGUCUCCACCAAUUUCUCAAGUCGUAGUGAAGGAGGAACCGGAAGAAGCACAAAGAUGUUUAAAAUGCAACUUGACUUUCUCAAGCAAAUGUGAGUUAGUAGAGCAUGAGAAAACUCCUUGUGGAAAUAUGUUUAGAAAACACGAAGGUUUGGCAGCUCAAGUAGCCGAAACGGUAGCUCUUAGAUUGGAAGCAGAAAUACAUGCUUCCAUUCAAAACGGAGUAAGUGCAAGCGAAGACGAAGACUUUAACAGAGAGGAUCGCGAUGAUAAAAUAUCAAUACAUGACAAUGACAGGAAAAUUAGAGUUCGCACAGCAUUGAGUGAAGAGCAACAGUCCGUUUUGAAGGAACAUUAUUCUUUAAACCCCCGACCGAAUCGCGAGGAAUUCAAAAGAAUAGCCCAACAGAUCGGCUUAGACAACAGAGUAGUGCAAGUUUGGUUCCAGAACAACAGAGCCAGAGAACGACGUAUGACUCAAACGAUAACCGCCUCUGAUCAACCACUAGACUUGUCUACAAAGAAGUCGAAUCCAUCAGUUACGUCAAGUCCGUCGCCAUCGCCACCAUGCAGCAUUUCUGUGACACAUUCCGACUCAGACGAGGCUGUAAAUCUUAGCCAAAAGUCCUCGCGAAGUACUACGCCUCAUCGUACCAACUAUUUAAAUACUUAUCCACAUUCCAAUUGUUCUUCAUCUUCAUUCACCGACUUUCGGUUGUCUCCUUCACCAGGAGAAACAAUGAAUGGACAAAAAAGAUUACUACCCCAAAAAUUGCACAUAAACCCUUUAGUACCCAUGGACAAACUCCUACAAUAUAACGACAUGGCCAAUGCAAGAUCUCCUAUUCUGAACAUGCAUCUGACCUCAGACGUCAAUAGACAAGGCUCGAGUCCAUCAUACGAACGUCCUCCGUGGGAUGAAAUGCAGACAUCGAAUGAGAUUGAUGAAGAAGCCACAGUACUUAAGAAGAGCAAACUUAAGCAAGGAGCAGAGUUCAAGGAAGGCGAAGGACAAUUCGUGUGUGAUCAGUGCGAUAAGACCUUUGUCAAGCAAAGUUCACUCGCCAGACACAAAUACGAACACUCAGGUCAACGACCGUACAAAUGUCUAGAAUGUCCCAAAGCAUUCAAACACAAACACCACCUGACUGAGCACAAACGUCUUCACACCGGGGAGAAGCCUUUCCAGUGUUGCAAGUGCUUCAAAAAGUUUUCACACUCCGGCUCUUACAGUCAGCACAUGAACCACCGAUUCGCAAUCUGCAAGCCCUACAGGGACUAA